AUGACAGGAUUCCUUACAAAAUUACCAAGUCAAUUACUUCUUUUGAAUUUGAUUGUGUUCAGCGAUGGUCUUGAAGUGGACGAUGAGCGCGAGAAUGCGACGAGCUUCUUUCUCGAUUGCCCCGGAACGAUCGAUUUGGCAUUUCCGAAUGAAACCGAAUGCCUCGUUUAUUGUGAGAAGCUUCGCGUUUAUUGGGACCAAAUUGAGAUGGAAAAUGAGGGUCAAACGCCGGUGAUUUUCUACACGUAUGGAGUUUGGGAGAUUGCUUUGACGGUGAUUAUUGCGAUUCUUUGCUUUCUAGCAGCCCUAAUGGUUCUAAUUUUGGCGAAAGUUCGAACGGAAGAAACGGUAUAUUUCUCAGACGAUGAUGCGUCACUUAUUGAGGAGCAUGAUGAUUGUUGUGAAAAGAAGGAGCCGAGGAAAGAUUUCAGAUAUACGGCGAGCAUAAGGGAGAAGCAUCGCGAUUUUAUACGAAGAAAAAUUAAAGAGGAGAAAGAAGAAGAAAAGUCUGAUGUGAAAAUCGCCCAUCAGAAAAUUUAUAUACCGUAUGACUUGAAGGAUUCAGAUUUUGUUGUGAAAUCGAAUAGUAGUCGAGAGCGGAUCUCGUUGAAGAAGGUAUUCUACGAUCCCGGCCAGAAUGAGGUGUUCGACAUUGGCACCGAUGUCGAUGAUAUCGUCAAUGAGCCUUCGAAGAUGCCGGCGAGCACCCAACAGGCGACGAUCGUCGCGAACAAGGAGCAGGAGAACUCGAACAAAACCGCGAACGAAAUGUCGACGAAGACGAUGUUCAGCCCCGAAAUGGCGAAUAUUGAAACUACUCAGCCUUCUAUAUGUUAA